AUGGCAUUCCUGUGCAAGCACCGGAUUCAGGUUUUCCCAUACCUGGACGACAGGCUGAUCAAAGGCCACUCCAGAUCCCAAAUGGAUGAUCAGGCUUUGUUCUUCUCAUCAGUAAAGGUCCACUUGGCCAUCAUCUCCGCCUUCCAUCUGAGUGCAGAUGGCUUCUCGGACUUUGCAAACCCCAUGCUCAUGGAGAAAGGAGAAGGAGAAAACCAAACAGCCGUCACAGAAUUCAUCCUCCUCGGGUUUGGGGAUCUCCCUGAACUGCCGACCCUUCUCUUCCUGGUCUUCCUAGUGAUCUACAUUGUGACCGUGGCUGGCAACCUCCUCAUUAUUGCUCUAGUUAUGAUUGAUCAACACCUUCACACUCCCAUGUACUUCUUCCUGGGGAACUUGUCCUUUUUGGAGACCUGCUACACCUCCACCAUCCUGCCUAGGUUGCUGGACAGUCUCCUGACUGCAAUGCUAAAGCUCUCCUGCAGUGACACCAGCCUCAUCACAUUGGUUCUUUAUAUAUUUUCCUUCCUAGAUGCAGUUUUCCCAUUUCUAUUAACCCUGACAUCCUAUGUUUGUAUCAUCAGCACUAUCCUGAAAAUUCCUUCCACCACUGGGAGGCAAAAGGCCUUUUCCACCUGCUCCUCUCACCUCAUCAUUGUAGCACUUUUCUAUGGGACCAUCAUGAUUGUCUACAUGCUACCGAAAUCCAACACACUGAGAGCCCUGAACAAAGUGUUGUCAGUCAUCUACACUGUUCUGACUCCUCUGACUAAUCUGCUCAUCUACAGCCUGAGAAACAGAGAGGUCAAGGAUGCCCUGAGAAAUGCUGUCAGGAAAUGUUCUGCCCCAGCUGUGCUGCAGGGCCUGCCUUUUAUACUUCCAGCCAUGCUCCGGUACUUCCGAAAAAGAGAAGCCAAAAAGCUUGUCACCUGCCUCCUGGCAGAGGAUGGCGCCCCCCUCAUGGACCUGGAGGAGAUGCGUGGAAGAGCCAGGGACUUCUAUGCCAGCCUUUUCUCCCUGGAUCUGACCAACGCCGAAGCAUGCCUGGUGCUCUGCACCAAACUCCCAACAGUCAGUGCAGGUGACUGA